CACGUGAACCGUCCACGCGAUUCCGGCUUUUCUCGGGAGGCUGUCAGCCCCGCCCACCCACCUCUCAGCUCCCGCGCUGUUGGCUGCGCAGCUUCCAGGUGUCCGCUCUUCUGGUGAGACGGGGUCGGGAGACGCUCUCCUCAGCUCCUUGCCUGGGUGGGCAAGUCAGGCUCUAGGGCCAGCAGAAAUCCUCGUUUAAGGGUCCCACCGAGUUCCCCGGUCAGAGUGCGGCAGCUGAGCAGGGCGGCUGCUUGGGACUACUGCUCGGGCGCUACAGAAAGCCUUCUUGGAAUGUGACAUGUUAUCACUUUGGGACCGUGGGCCAGCUGCUCCUGACGUGGCCACAUGAAGGCUCAGACUGUUCCAGUCUCUGAACUGAAGAGAACCAACACUGUUAGCAUAUCUCUCACCACCAUGAAUGCAAGGUAUUUCAAUGAAGAGUAUCAGGAGGACAUCUACAAAUCUCAGACCGGCAUGUGCAAGCUCUGAGGAAUGGGAAUAACCCAGUGUAUCUGGGUGACCUUUGGAGAAAGCUGAGACAGAGCUACAACACGGCAGUGGCUGACACCCAACUCAUAGCCCAUCUUCUCCAGGCUCCAGUGUCUCCUGCAAUGGGACUCCCUGCUGAGCACUCCCUCAUCUCCAACACCAAGGCCACUGAAUGCCUCCUCACCCACAUUCAGAUCAGUUAAGAAAUCGAUGGCAGUGGAUGUGAACUUCAGCAGACAUGUGGCCGAGUGGCAUCAGAGCUGAGUGAUGGACGAUCUGCAGUCCCAGAACCUCUCCAUGGACAUGACCGACUCCUCCCCUGCCUUGGCCAAUAACAGACUGGAGAACGGCAUGGCCCAGCUGAUCACCACUGAGGCCUGGAACAUCAACUCCACCGACCUGGUAAAGAAGGCCCUGGUGACCGUGCCGGCCCCGUCCAUUCUGAACCCCCCGGCUGAGUCCCAGAGCGGCAUGGCUCUGAAGGUAGCGGCCACCGUGCUUCAGCCCCUGUGCCUCGGGGAGAGCCCGGUGGUGAUGCCCAUUCACAUGCAGGUGGAGGGCAGCCCCGCGCCUGAGCUCAACCCUAACGGCAACGCCACUUACGUCAUGACCACACAGGGCCCCGUGCAGCUGCCGGUGGUGCUGGAGCAGCACGUCUUCCAGCACCUCAACUCCCCUCUGGUCCUGCCACAGGAGGCCCCGUGCUCCUCCAGCGCCAUCCACAGCAACCUCUUCCAGGGAGCCGAGGACCCCGAGGCCCAGCCCCAGCUCCUGGACCUCAGGAUCCCCAGCCAGCCGCAGGAGCCCACGUUGCCCUUCGAAGCCGUGCUCCAGAAUUUGUUUCCUUCGCAGGGCGCUCUCGGCCCUCCACCCUGUCAGCCUCCGCCGGGAUACGCCCCUGUGCCCCCCCAGCCCUUUAACUCCCCCUUGUCCCCCCUGGUCCCGCCAGCCACCCUCUUGGUUCCCUACCCUGUGAUCGUCCCCUUGCCUGUGCCGGUCCCCAUUCCCAUCCCCAUCCCAGUGCCUCAGAGUUCUGAAUCCAAGUUCAGCCCCAGCUUCCGAAAGCCGCCAUCUUCCUUCGGCCUACACCCGUUUAAAGGCACUCAGACCCCUCUCCAGAAGGAGGAACUGAAGCCCUUCGACCUCCUCCCGCCGAGGGAGUACUUCCAGCUCGGCCGCCACACCGUCAUCAAGAUGGGGAGUGAGAACGAGGCCCUGGAUCUCUCCAUGAAGUCGGUGCCCUGGCUCAAGGCUGGCGAAGUCAGUCCCCCGAUGUGCCAGGAAGAUGCAGCCCUAGACCUGUCACUGGCAGCCCACCGGAAAUCUGAGCCCCCCCCUGAGACAUUGUAUGACAGCAGCGGGUCAGCGGACAGCCCAGGUCACACUGUGAUGGAGAAACUUCCCAGUGGCACGGAAGUGCCCUUUGCCCCUGCCACGCCCCACGAGGCCUCAGCCGCGAUGGAUAGUCACAUGGGCAGCAGCGUUGCCGCCGAGCCACCCAGCCAGCCCAGCAGUGAGGUCAAGGCUGAAAAUAACAUUGAGAUUGUGAGCGAGUCCCAGGCGGCCAAGGUGAUCGUCUCCGUGGAAGACACUGUGCCUACCAUCUUCUGUGGCAAGAUCAAAGGCCUCUCGGGGGUGUCCACCAAAAACUUCUCCUUCAAAAGAGAAGACUCCAUGCUUCAGGGCUAUGACAUCAACAGCCCAGGAGAAGAGUCCAUGGGAAACGCGGAGCCCCUUAGGAAACCCGUCAAAAACCGGAGCAUAAAGUUAAAGAAAGUGAACUCCCAGGAAAUACACAUGCUCCCAAUCAAAAAACAACGGCUGGCCACCUUUUUUCCAAGGAAGUAAAUAACGGCUUUUUAAAAUUUUUAUGAUUAUAAUAUGGGGAAAGGUGCAUUGGUUUUAUAAAAAGGCAUUUAAAACAAAUUAUCUUUGUUAAUUAUUUUGGGGAGUAGCUGGGAAGCGGGAAGGCAAAUUGGCUCUAAGCAAGUUUCAUUUUCUUUUUUAAUUUUUGACUUUUCACAAAUGAGUAAAUAAGAGCAACCUAUUUUUCAAGCAGAUUGCACAUUUUUUUGCAGCUUUAAUGGAAUAUUGGGUGAAUCAGAGGGGUAAAAAAGCUAUUUUCAUUGCCACAAAGUGCUUUGAUGAUGUAAUACCUAAUGAAGGGUAGGAUGAAUAUUUCACAAUAAAUGUUUGUUUGCACUAA